GCAAAGGCGGGCAAGUCAUGAGGCGGAGAUGGCAUGUUCGCUUGCUCGCACUCAGCCUUGGUUUAGUCAUAGGUGUCAGUAUAUAUACUUUCUUAACUCUAGCUUCUUUACGUGGAAGGAGAAAGGCAGCUUACGUCAGUGUUCAGCCUGUUGUUGUGUUUAACGAUCGAGCUUACAUCCAAGGGGAAACAACACAUCAAGGGGACAGUUAUUCUCGCCAUGCUUUCAAUGUUGAUAUCAGCAAUAAUUUGUUGCCCGACAGGUCGUUGCCUGACAGUAGACACGCAUUAUGCCAGGAAAAGUUAUAUGAUUGGAGUGGAAGCAUUCCUCAAGUUAGUGUCAUCAUCAGUUUUCAUAACGAAGCACGCUCGGCUCUCCUUAGAACAGUCAUGAGCGUGCUGAAUAGAAGUCCUUCUGAUAUUUUAAUCGAGAUUAUAUUAAUUGAUGACUUCAGCGAUAAUGCUCAAGAUGGAGAACAAUUAACGAUUCUUCCUAAAGUUUGGCUCUCCAGAAAUGAUAAAAGAGAAGGGCUCAUUAGAUCGAGAGGAAAGGGUGCCUCGAUAGCUCGAGGAGAUUAUCUGAUGUUUCUUGACAGUCAUUGCGAAGUUAAUGUCGGAUGGAUGGAACCUCUGCUGGACAGAGUAACAAAGAAUCCUAAAUUAUUAGCUAGUCCAGUUAUCGAUAUUAUUGAUAUCGAGACGUUUCAUUACAAGUCUUCCUCUCCUGAUCUGAAAGGAGGUUUCGAUUGGGGUCUUAGAUUUAUAUGGCUUCCAUUGACUGCCGAAGAAAAAUCCAAGAGGCAGCAUCCGACUGAACCUAUCAAAAGCCCGGUAAUUCCCGGUGGUUUAUUCUUAAUCCAAAAGAAUUGGUUCGAUACUUUAGGAGGUUUCGACGAAGGAUUAGAAAUUUGGGGAGCAGAAAAUUGCGAAAUGUCCAUUAAAGCUUGGCUUUGUGGAGGACAGAUUGAAACUGUCCCAUGCAGCAGGGUAGGACAUGUAUUUAGGAAACGACAUCCUUAUACUUUUCCUAACGGCAGUGCCGCUACAUAUCUAGCAAAUUCUGUUCGAGUUGCUGAAGUUUGGAUGGAUGAAUAUAAAGAUUAUUUUUACAGUAAUCGACCCGUAGCUAGGAAUGUUGCUGUAUCAAAUUUGGAGGAAAGAAAGAAACUCAAAAAUAAUUUGCAAUGCAAAAGCUUUAAAUGGUAUUUAGAAAAUGUGUAUCCGGAAUUGAAAGUACCUAACGGUGAUGCUACAGCUUUCGGUCAAUUGCAACAAGGAGACGAGUGCUUAGGAAUAUCUAGUCCUAAUUCCCUUCAUGUUUUUCUCACUUCGUGUUUAUAUUCUAGACCUUCUCAGGAUUGGACUUUUUCUAAAGAAGGGCAAUUGAAAAGCAAUGGGAAAUGCUUGAGUGUCAAAAAAGAAAAUCUUUUAAACUAUAGCGUCGUAAUGGAAUCUUGUAAUCAUAAUAUUCAACAGUGCUUUGAUUGCAUUAUCUGAUGGUGUGUUCGAGAAAAUGCCAAUAAAUCUCUAGUAUUACAGACUACCAGAUGACUCUAGAGAAUAGUGGUAACACGGUAGCAGCAAGGGUUUAUAGUUGAGAUUAUCGAAAGCCAUCAUUUUUCCAGUUUAAUUAUUAAAGUCAGUAUCAAAUUAAAAUAAACACCGUGCAAGGAGAAGCAGAGCAGAGCUCAUUAAAUGAGCAGAAAGGGAAAUAUAAUCUUAAAAUUAUU